CUAGGGGGAGACCAUCACACCAAGCUCUCCGUAGGAUUAUAAGGUAGAAGGCAACUGGUAGCCGUAGUAGGGUUGUAGUAUCAAAUGUGUUGAAGAGACGGAGAAAAGAAGACUCCUUCUGGACUCUCCGGACACCGAAGCUCUCGCCCUCCGACUUCGAUUCGCACUCUCCCCUCGAGCUCCCGUCGCACUCUGAUCGCCUCUUUGUAUCGGAGAUGGGGGACGAGUGCUAUACGACGCAGCUGAUCGACCGUGACGGGGUGUUCAACGUGGAAGGCCUGGAGCAGUUCGUCAAGGCUGUGCGGCUCGCCGAGUUGGGCCUCUCCUACGCCGUCGUCUCCAUCAUGGGUCCACAGAGCAGCGGAAAAAGUACCCUUCUUAAUCAUCUUUUUGGAACAAACUUUAAGGAAAUGGAUGCAUUUAAAGGAAGGGAUCAAAUUACCAAAGGUAUUUGGAUAGCAAAGGGUGUUGGCAUUGAGCCUUUCACAAUUGUCAUGGAUACUGAGGGAACUGAUGCAAGGGAAAGAGGAGAGGAUAAUACUGCAUUUGAGAAGCAAAGUGCCCUCUUUGCAUUGGCAAUUUCUGACAUUGUAUUGAUAAAUAUGUGGUGCCAUGAUAUUGGCCGUGAGCAUGCUGCUAACAGGCCUCUUCUGAAAACUGUCUUUCAGGUUAUGAUGCGUUUAUUUAGUCCUCGAAAGACAAAAUUGCUGUUUGUUAUUCGUGACCAAACAAAGACUCCAAUGGAACUUUUAAAACCUGUACUAAUGGAGGAUAUUCAAAAGAUUUGGGAUACUGUUUAUAAGCCCCAGGCUCACAGACAAACUGCACUCAGUGAAUUUUUUAGUGUGGAGGUCACAGCUUUGUCCAGUUAUGAAGAGAAGGAAGAACAAUUCAAAGCGCAGGUUGCACUACUAAGGCGGCGGUUUUUUCAUUCAAUUGCACCAGGAGGUCUUGCAGGAGAUAGACGAGGUGUCAUUCCAGCAUCAGGAUUUUCUUUUAGUGCACAGCAGAUUUGGAAAUCCAUACGAGAAAACAAGGACCUUGACCUUCCUGCUCACAGGGUAAUGGUUGCUACUAUUCGGUGUGAACAAAUUGCAAAUGAAAAGCUCAGUCAUUUGGCUUGUGACAAGGAUUGGUUAGAGUUGGAGGCGGCUGUGCAAUCUGGUCCAGUAUCAGGUUUUGGGAGGAAGCUUGGCUCCAUUAUUGAUGCUUAUCUAUCAGAGUAUGACAUGGAAACUAUGUAUUUUGAUGAAGGUGUCAGGACUACAAAACGACAACAGUUGGAAUCCAGAAUACUGCAUCUUGUGCAUCCUGCUUUCCAGGCAAUGUUGGGGCAUCUACAUUCUAAAGCUCUUAAUAAAUUUAGAAGCGAUCUUGAGCAGUCAUUGAAGAGUGGGAAAGGGUUUGCUGCUUCAGUUCGUGACUGUAGUCAGUCUUCUCUGCUUGAAUUUGAUGAAGGAUUUGCAGAUCACUCUCAUCAUUUGUCAGAUGUGGCAAUUAAGCAUGUUAAUUGGGAUGCUUCCAAAGUAAGGGAGAAGCUUCACCAUGACAUUGAAGCACAUGCAAUGUCUGUUCGUGAUGCAAAAUUGUCGGAACUUAGAGAUAGUUACCAGAAACAAGUAACUGAAGCACUGGCUGAGCCUAUAGAGUCACUAUUUGAUGCUCCUGAGCAAGAUAGUUGGCCAUUGAUCAGGAAACUCUAUAAAUGUGAGACAGUGAAUGCUUUAUCAAGGUUUGCAAAUUCUCUCUCUGGGUUUGAGCUGGACCAGGCAACUUGUGACAAGAUGAUGGCCGAGUUAAAGGACUAUGCAAAAAGUCUGGUGGAAAAGAAAGCCAGAGAAGAAGCUGGGAAGGUUUUGAUACAUAUGAAGGAUAGGUUUUCAUCUAUUUUUAGUUAUGACAAGUAUUCCAUGCCAAGAGUCUGGACUGGGAAAGAAGAUAUAAGGACUCUCACAAAAGAGGCCCAUGCUGCGGCUCUGAAGGUUUUAUCUGUAAUGGCGGCUAUACGCUUAGAUGACAAACAGGAUAACAUUGAGAGUAUUCUUAACUCAACACUUAUGGAUGGCUUGGAUUACCGAAAGAGUCUUGAAGCUGCAGCAGAUCCACUUGCUUCAAGCACAUGGGAAGAGGUUCCUCGAAAUAAUACAUUGAUCACACCAGUUCAGUGUAGGUCGAUUUGGAGACGGUUCAAAAAAGAAACCGAGUAUACCAUCAUCCAAGCAAUUACUGCACAGGAAGCUCACAGGCACAGUAACAGGUGGCUGCCUCCUCCAUGGGUAAUUGCUUUAAUAGCAGUUCUGGGUUUCAAUGAAUUUAUGAUGCUUCUAAGGAAUCCUCUAUAUUUCUUUGGACUGUUCAUUUUUUUCUUACUGUCCAGAGCUCUAUGGUUUCAACUUAAUAUUGCUGGAGAAUUCCGCAAUGGCAUGCUCCUAGGACUUCUUGGGCUGUGCACAAGAUUUCUGCAAACAGUUAUGAGCCUCCUAAAGAAACUUGCUGAUAAGCCCCGCAGACAUCGUAGGACUCCAGAACCUCCCCAACCACGCAAACUAAUUAGUGCACAAACUUUCAUGAGCCAAUCACAAAGACAAGCUUCUUUCAGUGGCUCGAUACCUGAUGCAUUAUCCUCUUCAUCCCCAGUUUCUUCUAAAAGUGGUCUUGAGUACUCAAGCAUGUCGACAGAGAGUCAACUUGGAGAGACCAACCGUGAAGUGAGCUCUUCAUAAGUUUGUGGGAUUUGACAAGGUAUAUAAUGAUGGCCAUGUAUACUUGCCUCCUUUUAUGAGUCACCAGACAUAAGUUUCAUCUGCCUUCAUGCUAUUCAUCAAGAAUCAGAUGCUACAUAUACUGAUAUCAUCAGAUGCUGCCUUUCAUGCACACCUCUUGGAAGAGUUCUAUGAGGAAUAGAACUAGUCUUUAAACUGUUCGUAUUUCUAUUAGCUGCAUAAAUAUAUAUAAUGUACAGGCAUUCUAUCAAGAAUCAGUUGUUGCAUGGACUGAUGCCAUCAGAUGCUGCUUCUCACGCAUACCCGUUGGAAGAGUUCUAGGAGGAGAAGACUAGUCUUUUAAGAGUUCGUAUUUGCAUUCAGCAUAUAUGUAUAUAGUGUACAAGCAUUCUACCUGUGCGUUGUAUGGUGACAGAUGCUCUUACGUGGUUUUUCCUUGACCUUGAUUCAAUAAAUUAAUAAGAGGUGUCUGAAGAACUGCAAAUAGAUGCAAAGUUGA